AUGGCAAGAUUCCAGCAGCUCUACUGGAGUCACACACAGAAGCUAUGCCAGGGAUCUUGCUGUUUCAUGGUUUGCACUAUUCUGCAUGGUCUGAUUUGGCAAGAUGGACUGAAUAUGUGCCAUCAGUGUGGCUUUCAGUACAUGAAAGACAUAGGGUUUGUUAAGUUGGAUUAA